AUGGCAAUCCACAAAGCAGCUUACCAAGGUGAUCUUGACUCGGUCAAGCUGUUGUGGAAGUUCCGCGCCAAUGUGGAGGCGCAAAACACCCGUGGGGCCUCUGCUUUGAUCGUAGCAGCUGAUAUUGGUCAUGCUGCUGUCGUUCGAUACCUUGUGGACGUUUGCAAGGCCAGGCUUUCCACGCCCGAUCUCUGGGGAUUCACAGCCGCACAUCGUGUUGCAGUGACGGGCCGUACGAGCUGCAUGGACAUGCUCGAGCGCAACCAUGAUGCUUUCUUACAGUGCAUCAAUCAGCGAGAACAUCAGGGUCGCACUGUUCUGGAUGUGGCUGCAAACUUCGGGCACGCAGAUCUUGUAAAAGAUCUGCUGCCCAAGACUCAGGACCAGACAACGGCCCUGUCGUGGGCUGUGGCACAUCCUGAAGUUGUUGAGCUUUUGCUUCAAGAAGUCCCCAGCAGCAUUGCCACAAAAGAGCCUGAUGGACAGACGGCUUUGCAUCAUGCUGCUGUCGCAGGCGGUGUUGCAGUUUUGCAGGCUUUGAUCCGAGCAAGGGGGGAUGUGGGGAGCUUGGACAACAGCGGAUGCAGUCCGCUGUGUUCUGCUGCACGUGCCGCUCAGCCGACAGCAGUCGAUCUGUUGCUCAAGGCACGUGCGCAAGUGAGCUCUGCAACUGGGGAUUGGACCUGUUUAGACGAUGCAGCAAGCUCACAGAAAUGGUGGGGCUCUGAUUGGACCGCAGCCAAGAAUUCCACCUUGCUCCUGGCAAGGUGGGCGGACGAGCCAGGUGCACAGUCCUUGGUUGCAAUUCUGGAAGGACAAGUAUCCGGAAGUCUGACUGCCACCUGCGGAAUCGGCAAACUCGGCUGGACCAGUCUGCACUGGGCAGUUAUGGUGCGAAAUGUGGAUGUCAUCCAGACGCUUUCUUACGAGAAUGCUGUGCCGAAUGCAAGAGAUUUGCAGGGACGUACUGCGCUGAGUCUCGCUGCUGAUCUUGGUCUGCUUGAAAUUGUGAGCCUCCUUGCCCGGCAUUCGGAGUUGAACAGCGCUGAUGUGACGGGCUUGACUCCACUUAUGUGGGCCGCCAGGCGAGGUCACGCUGAGACUUGUAAAAAGCUGCUGCAGCUCAGGGCAGAUCCCCACCAGAGAGAUGCCAGACACAACACUCUUAUGCACUUGGCCGCAUCGAGUGGGAGCAAAGAGGUGGUUGAUGUUUUCAGGACAUGGGACAGAAAGACCGAAAACUCUCUGGGGGAGACGGCUUUGUUCAGUGCUGUGCAUAGCAAGAACGCCACCUUGGUGGAAUACAUGCUUUCUGAGCUGGGCUACAGUGCAAAUCACAGCGAUAUCUUCGAGAGGACCGCUCUGUUUUAUUCCUUAAGUUCUUGUCAGCGUGAUGUGUGGAAAAAAUUGUCCAAGCAGACGGACACCAACCAUCGAGACUACUUGGAGUAUCGGAUAGACGAGAUGCCUGAGUUCAGGAGUUCUUUAUGUGUGCAAAGGACAAACAGUGAAGACCUCUACACGCUGGAUGUUCAGGUGUCCUCCACAAGUUUUCAUGACAAGCUCGUGACUGUUGGAACAGAUAGCAAAUUUCAUGGAGCGCUCCUGGUGGCACUGGCCCUGUCGGCUUUACUAGGUUGCCGAUUGACCAAUGGUUCAAGGCGCGGCAGUGGAGCUCUGGUGAGGCAUGUCUCCAGCAAUGACUCGAACACUUCAGAAUCAGAAUCAGACAGUGCUGAGUCAGGGGAUGAGACAUUGGCCGGGUCAUGUGGCGCCCGCUGUCAACAUGUUCUGGAUGUGUCCAAACGCGCCGCGCAAAUCCAGACAGCUUCAAGGCUACUUGGCAGGUACAAGCGGAUAUUGCUCGCACGGCGCUGUUUGGAUGUCGUUGCCCUGUUCGUGUUUCCCUCUAUCAUGUGCCGUGUUUUGGCCUGGUGGCAUAUGUUGAUAUGGUGCCUGCUUACAUGCAUUCUGCCUCCCGUCUGGCGCAAGGUCCUCGUCGGAUCAACAACAGAAGGAUCAACAAGAGAAGAACUUCGGAGAGACCUCCGGGAUCUGCUAGAGCUGCUAGAGCGCCCAGCGAGACUCAUCGGAUCAAGAGACAUUUGGGCCUGGCUCAGAACACUCUACUUGCUCUUGCAACUGUUGUGGUGCAUUCUCCUGAGCGGCGACGUGUGGAGGAAGCAGCACGAGUACCUUUGGAACCGCAGCUGCUAUCCCAUGUCAGAGUUGAAUCAAAUCUCAAGGCAAGAAUUGCCGAUCCCCUUUCCGGUUCAGCUGUGUACCGAGUGGUCCGUUUUUUGGCUUGUGUUUGCAGUCGGAGCUGCAAGCGUGGGAAGCUUGUGGGUGCUAUGUUCAUCAAAAAUGUGCUCGUCACUUGUUGGGAGAGUUCUUUAUGUCGCCAUGACAGUCGCCUGGGGUCUGUUGGUGAUGGCGUUUUGGCCAGAAGCACCUGCCACCUUGCCUCUGUCUUUGGCCGACAUUCUGGUCACAUAUCGAGCAUCUGUGUUUCUGCUGACGGUUCUCUGGGUGAUUUUGAACCUACCGACUUCCCAAAGCACUGUACUGUGUGACAUGGUUUUAGGGUGGCUGAGGCCUGGAAACACAGAUCCUUUUUCAAUUGUUGCUAAGAAGGUGCGAAGGGUGGCUAAGAAGCGACGGGAUCGAGCUGGAACAUGCUCUGUCACAGAUGGACACCUCUUCACGCGCUUCGAGCCACAGACACCGUUGACAGUCUUCCAAACAAUGGCAUUUUGGUUGUUGGACAUAUAUCUGGAUCUCCAGACGGUUGUGAUCUUUGCAGCUGCUGGUUUCUACAUAUAUGCCUCAUUGAUUAUGGGGGCAUUCUUUUGGGGGCUUUUUGCAACAGCUUCGGAAGGUGCAUUCAGCAAAAUGGGAUCUGCCCUGCGGCAAACCGUCAGGACGCAAGUGCGAGCAAAGGAAUAUCAGGCCUUGCUGGACCAUGAAGCAUCCAUCGAAGUGCCAGUAGCAUUGGUCCUGUCGACAUACGGCCUACCCCUUGUCGCGCAUCGGCCAGCGACUGCAAUCAUGACCCUGGCUAGUAUCUUCAUGUCACUCGGGCGUCAGGCUGAAUGGCUUUACGAAGAGUUUGAUGUGUCUCAGGACCUCAUGUCGAAGAAGGACAUAAUGGAAGAGAUUCCAAAGGCAGCCAGCGAUGGCCCAGCGAGGUGUGCACGGGUGCCGCGGGUUUGCUGA